UACAACUUAUUGUGUUCACAGUGUCCAUGUUUUCUCCCCCCACAUUCCAACUUCCAAGCAGAUGAACACACUGAAAGUCGGAACAAGGACUUCAUAACCACUUUGCACUUCCUUCGGCCCUUAACAACACACACGCCACAGUGUGAAGCCGCCCAGAUGAACGCUCCUCGAAAUAUGAGGAGAGGCCUUGAGCCACGAGCCCAUCCCUGACCUGUGGAAGGAAAAGAGACCAGGAUUCAUCCUUUUUAAGUCUCAACCGGGGAAGGAAAAAUUAGCCCCCGACCAAGGCCAAACAGAUUAAAUGGAUUUAUGUGCAGCACUAUUUAAGUAGCGGAGGGGAGAGUCACAGGAGGAGCGCUGGUACAGAUGUUUACUGAGUAAGAGAAGGAGAUUCAGAGUGACAACAGAACUCUUCAGACGUCUGCACCCAGCAGAGGAUGCAGCUGGUCCUCAUGGCAGCAGUGCUGGCGGCGGUGGGCGGGGCGGGGCGGGGCUGCAGCUUCGACUGCCGGCCCACCAUCGUCCGGAUCCCCGUGGAGAGCUGUGGCAGCACCGAGUACAUCGACACCACGGUGUGCGCAGGGCAGUGCCACAACAAGGAUCCGGUCUACGUCAGCAAACAGGGUCAGGAGAAGCAGAGCAGCUGUAACGGUGACUGGUCGUACGAGGUGAAGCACAUUAAUGGAUGCCCGGUGCCGGUCACCUACCCGGUGGCCAGACACUGCAACUGCUCCAAAUGUAACCCGGAUGACACCGACUGCGGCCCCUUCCUCGGGGACGUCCCCAGCUGUAUGUCCUCCCUCCACUCUCUCUCUGUCUUCACACUGGACUGAAAUACAAGUGAUGGAGUUUUGUUUCCUAAUCUUUGAAAUGUGCUGUAUCGUAUAUAAGCAAUGAAAUGAAUGAAAUUAAAACUAC